UUUGAACUUGACGGAACCGCGCGCGUGCUUGUAACGUGGCGUCACGUGAUGUAACCUGAUCCUCAUCUGCAGGUUAUCAAUCAAUACUCCAGCUCGAGUUUGCGCUUCACUCAAGCUCAGACAGUUUUCAAGUAAUUUAUCUAGUUUACAGAAAGAGCCAUUUACCCUGGGCAGCAUCAUGGCCGAAGAUGGCUUGUGUGCCGGUGAUUACGAUGGCCCGUGUCCCAUGUGUGAGGAGGAUGAGCAGAGAGGAUACUGCAGAUACAGACACAGCGAGCAAGAAAAAUAUACAGAAAUACACAGUAGAGUCGAAGAGGACGAGCUCAAGAAAGACGCUCAGAUGGAGAACUGUACAGAAGCUCAAAACCCAGAAGAAGAGAAUAAAGAGGAUGAAAGUAAAACUGAAACAAAAAAUGAGAAGAGCACUGAAGAUCAAAACAAGAUGGCCGAUACUGUUGAAACUAGCGAAAAGAGUACCAAAGAUGCACAGGAAUGUCUUCUAGAUUUCAAAGAUGAUCAGAAAAAGACAGUAAACGAUGAUGAUGAUGAUGACAAAUUGAAUGAGUUGCUGGUUCCUCCUCUAGAAGACGACUGUAUUUUGCAUAUGGGCCCCGACUGUACCAUAGACCUGGUGAUGGUGUAUGAUCAGUCGGUAGAGAGAUGCAUGAAUGACGACCUUUUGUUAUGCCAUCCCAAAUCUUCAGAUCUCCCCCAGCAGCCCCUGAUAAAAUCCCCACCCAGACCGCUGUCGAUCACAUUACCACCUCAAAAUCCCACAAUGCUGCCCUUUCAGCCUCCAGCUCUGCUUCAGCCGCAGGUCCCGCCACAGGCCCCGCUGGAGGCCCCGUGCUUAGGCAAACAGCCCUAUGGAACAAGGUUAUUUUAG